AUGAACGACAGCUCAAACCUCGAAACUAACCAGCUCUUGUAUCACGAUAUACUACAAAACUUGAACCGGAAAAUAAAAAAUCUGGAAGAAAAAAAUACAAAUCUUAUCGCCUUCUUAUCAAAACCCGUGAUAAACAAAGUCAACCAUUCAUACAUUCAUAACCCCGUCAACGCAUGCGCAGAUAACAGAACGGAAGUGCUUUUUGUCGUACCGUCUGCUGUGUUUAAAUCUGGUACAAGAAUUGAUGUCAGGAACUCAAAUUUAGGUCAGUUUGUUAAAAACCCAGAUAACAACGCAACUUUGUUGUUUUUUCUGGGUCAAGUUUUCAACGACACGAAAAAUCUCCAGGCAGAGGUAGAUGAGGAGGCUCGUCAGUUCGGCGACAUCGUGCAGGAGAACUUUCUAGAUGUUUAUUCCAACAUCCGACUCAAGGCGUUGUCCAUGCUAUACUGGGCUGUCGAGUUCUGUCCGCAGACGACAUUUGUUAUACGGGCAGACGAUGACGUCAAAGUCUUCCCAGAGAAGUUGGUGUCUGUUUUAAGGGAUAAGCAUAAGACUUAUCCAAACUUCAUCAUCGGGAAGAAGGUUGAGAACUGGAAACCUUACCGUAACAAGAAUUCCAAGUACUAUCUCUCAGAAGAUGAGUACACCCACUCCACCCUUCCACCGUUCGCGCUGGGUGGAUUGCUGGGGUACCCCAUCUGUACCGUGUGGCUGUUGUACCAGGCGGCGCUCAGGGUCAGACCCGUGUGGUUGGAUGACGUGUACGUCACGGGGAUCUGCGCACCGGAAGUUGGGGUCCCUGUACUCAAUGACACCAAUUUUGGGUUCAGACACUGGGAUUUGUGA